AUGCUCAAAGCAUCCACUCUCCUCUCGUGGCUAUUCUACUUGAUCCCCGUGUAUCUCUUCAUCGGGGCUCCCCUGUUCCGCCAGAUCUUCCCUGACUCCAAUACACCGCAGAGUGCAUCGACGUCGAGACCGAGCUCGAUCUUCGAGGAUUCCGAGACAAUAGCCAAACCACACGAUGACACGUUCCUGAGCCCCGACAAUGGGGAGGAUCUCACCUGUCCGGGGGAGAAUUACCACGUCCACCUGCUACGCCGAGACCCUCUAGUCAUCUAUAUCGAAGGGUUUGUGUCCGAGGAGGAGGCAGACCAUCUAGUUCGAGAGAGUGUCGACAAGUAUUCCCCCUCUAUUGUUUUCGACGGGACGACGGAAAAAAUCGACCCGAGCAUCCGGCACUCCGACCGCGCCCUGCUGGACCGCGACGACACGGUCCGCUGUCUGGAAGAGAGAGCCCGCGCGUUCCAGGGCUGGCGGCCGAAUCUGUAUAUCGAGCGGAUGUGGGCGCAGCGGUACAACGCGUCGGGUCACUAUGUGCAUCAUUUCGACUGGGCAGGCACCGCAGGGCGCGUCGGGGGGGGCGAUCGCAUCAGUACCUUCAUGGUCUACCUGGGAGCGAACUGUACGGGGGGGGGAACGCAAUUCCCACAACUCACGAAGCCGAGAGGGAAGAAAUGGUGUCGGUUUAUCGAGUGUGAUGGUGAUGUCGACGGUGACAGCCAGGUUGGCGAGGGGAUCACGUUCAAGCCCAUCAAGGGGAAUGCGGUGUACUGGGAGAAUCUACGUCCGGAUGGGACGGGCUAUCCGGAGACUUGGCAUGCGGCGUUGCCAGUUACAGGGGGGGAGAAGGAAGUGGCAACCUCAGGCACCCACCUUGCGCUGGCUCAUGUGCCCUAA